GAUGGUGGGCAUGGCGGUGGGCAUGGUGGGUGGACAUGAACGGUUGCUGUGGCCGCCGUCGCGAUCGGGUACGUACCACUUUGGCGGUGGCUGCGAUCCGUGGAAGAUUGGCGAUCCCAACCUAGAGUUUGUCCGCGCAGAUAGUGUUCUGGAGAUCAGGUUUACGGCCGAGUUUGCAGACAGCUCGGGGCCCGGCCCAGGUAGCUACGCCCCGACGGUGUGGAUCUCGCUGGUGGCGGAGGCCGACGAGGCGGACAUGGGCCUGUUUACCCAUGUUAUUGCCUCGUUCGAGCCGGAAGUCGUGACAAAGACGUUCAACGCGUCGCUCGGAGCUGACGUUGCAUCUGUACGUGUGAGCCUUCCGCCGUCGGCGCCGCUCGGCCGGUACGUCUUGCACUGGCGGCUCGACGGGUGGUCCAACUGCGCCGACAUCGCGAUCGUGGCCGGGACCGUCCCGGGCCAUGUCGCGGUGCCGCCUGCGGCACCUGCGCAGCACACCGGGCCGCUCAUUGUGGUUGCCGUCGCCGCAGGGUUUAUCAUCGGUAUUAUUGUCCUCGUUACCGUCGGCUACAGCCGCACACAGCAGCAAGCUGCGCGCGCACCCGGCUGGUACUUGGACGAGCCCGAGUCGGACGAGCUGCCGACCGUUGUCGCACUCACGCGUCCGCUCUCGGCCUCGGACAUCCUCGCUCCGCUUGUAGGACGUGGCAUCCUGCCGGAGCGCGUCGAGUCUAUGCUCUUUCCGCCCUCGCCGUCGGAUGGCGGGUGGAGCGCGACAUCAUCGACGCGCUCGCGGACCAGGUCAUCGCUGUCGUCAUCAGCAACUUCGUGGUCGUGACAUGGCGGCUCACGGCAACAGCGGAUCGACUGCUGAGACUCGGUUGAUCGACUCGGUGCCGGCGGCGCCAUACGAAGCCCCCGUGUAGGCAAACGCCGUGGACGGCGCGCGCUCCUUGAAGAACCACUUGCGAAGAGUAAAGAAGGCAAUGCCCGA